UUAUUAACCACUCUCUAUGAUGUAACCUAAUACUUUAUAAAGUGCAAAAUAAAAUACACCUCAUAUAAUUUAACCAAUUAACCAGCCAAUUAACUUUUUUCGUACAAUGGUGCACUCAAAUUCACAUGACUAUAACACACAUUUGAAUGGUUGUAUACACUUCAUUAAUUGUAAUUCAUUAUUAUUGUGAUAUAUAUAUAUACCACAUUAUUAUUAUUAGUAGUAGUAGUAGUAUUAUGACAGAUUCUAUAAGUGUCGAAUAAUGUGAAAAUGUUCUUCACUUAUAUAUAUCAUUUCUAAAUAAAGAGACAAAUUAGAAUGAUUACCACCAAUUAAAUUAUUCUCAGUUUAUGAUUGUACUAUCAAGUGAAUUGUAAUAAGUCUUGUAAACAGAUAUCCAUUGCUGAGUACCAAUUAUAUAUAUAUAUACGUUUAUUCAUAAGUCGAUUCCGAUUCAUCAUGAAACAUUACGAUAUUGUAGUUGAAGCAAACGAAUUACCAACAGAACGUAAAACAACCGCAUUGACUUUAUGUGUACAUGCAUUGGAUUAUUAUCAUACUGAAAAAGAUGUAGCUAUGUUUAUGAAAAAAAAUUUUGAUAAAUUAUAUGGACCAAUAUGGCAAUGUAUUGUAGGUCAUGAAUUUGGAAUGUCAAUCACACAUGAUGAAAAGUGUUUCAUUUAUAUACAUUGUGGAGAAGUCAGUCUUUUACUUUAUCGAUGUACUUAGUAAACUAUUUUCAUCAAAAAAUAAUUUGAACAAAAGUGUUUUCCUUUUCUUAAAUAAAAAAAUGUUUUCUGU